AAAACCGUCUUUUCACUAAUUUUUGUUUUGUUAUUCGAACAACGACGAUGCACGCUCGGAGGAGGUUCUCCUCAACCUGAAUUUCAGCCUCCACUAACACCAUUACUCCAGCACUCCACCACUCCCUCUCUCUCUCUCUCACUUUCUCUCUCUCAUCGCAACUCAAACCCUUUCCGUUUCAAUCAAUCAAUCCAUUCCGCCAUCGUGUCUUCUAUCCUUCUUCCAUUCCUCUCUCGAUUCAACUGCUCACAUUUCGGUGAGCUAGGGUGAUGUAUUGUUGUGACGAAGAGAAGCAAUGGAAUUGUGGAAAAGCUGGGGCUAUCAAUUUUCGAAAACUGAGUUCCAUCGUGCGCGACAUUGGGGAUCCUUGCCUUUCCCACUCACCCGUAAAGGUUGUUAUAACUGUAAAGAGAAUGCUUAAGCCAGACAAAUGGCAAGCAAUGUCAGAUAGUGAAGGAAAGGUAUCUGGUUUCCGGAAAGCUCUAAAAUUGAUUGUGCUGGGGGGUGUAGAUCCAUCAAUAAGACCUGAAGUUUGGGAGUUUUUACUAGGUUGUUAUACGCUGAGCAGCACUGCUGAGUAUCGGAGAAGGUUGAGAGCGGCUAGGAGGGAGCAUUAUAGGGACCUGAUUAAGCAGUGCCAAACAAUGCAUUCAAGUGUAGGAACUGGUUCAUUGGCAUAUGUUGUUGGAUCCAAAGUAAUGGAUGUGCGGACUUUUUCCAAAGAUGGCCGGAAAUUACAGGAUAAUAUAGAAGAAUCUACUUGUUAUGAUAAUAAUGUAGAAGUAGGAAAAUGUUAUGAUAGGAGCAAUAUCUCUACACAGGAAGCAAAAGCAAGCCAUUGGAAAAGCUCAAAUAAUGGGGUCGAACUGGUUAGUUUGAGAAUAAGCACUGAUAAUGUAGCGUGUGAUUCUUCUGGUCAACAAAAUUCUAGUUCCCCAAAGUCAGGAAGAGAAGACGAGGAAUUGGAUUAUGUAAGUGGCAGUAGUUUUGAUUUUCCUCAUUUAUCUCUCACUAAUAUGUCUGAAAAUAGUGGUAAAGAUCAGUCAGGCAUAGAGCUCAGGGAUAAGCUUCCUGUGCCAGAACAAUCAAUAUUUGAAGAUGACAGUAUGCAUAGCUUUCGAAUUAAUAACAAUGUAGAUUUAGUUAUUGAAUCAAAUGGCAAACAACCUCUUGCUACCUUACAUCCCAUGGACUCUGAAAUUGGAAUUGCUUCACCUGAUGAGGAAGAACCGGAACUUCUGUCUAAGAAUCAAGUUUAUCAAGCACAGAUGGUAAAUCAACUAAAAAUAUCAGAUGUACCUCAGCCAAUAAUGAUAAGAUCCUCAAUUUCUCAAGCUUGGCCUGUCAGUGAAGAGAGAGUAUCAGAAUGGCUUUGGACCUUGCAUAGGAUAGUUGUUGAUGUUGUGAGGACUGAUAGUCAUCUUGAAUUCUAUGAGGACACGAGAAAUUUAGCCAGAAUGUCAGAUAUUCUUGCUGUCUAUGCCUGGGUUGAUCCUGCUACGGGGUAUUGCCAAGGUAUGAGCGAUUUGCUGUCUCCCUUUGUUGUAAUCUUUGAGGAUAAUGCAGAUGCAUUUUGGUGUUUUGAGAUGCUUUUAAGGAGAAUGAGAGAAAAUUUUCAAAUGGAAGGCCCAACAAGAGUGUUGAAGCAGUUGCGAGCAUUAUGGCAUAUUCUUGAACUGUUAGACAAAGAAAUGUUUGCCCACCUUUCAAAAAUUGGUGCUGAAAGCCUUCAUUUUGCAUUUCGUAUGUUGCUAGUUCUUUUUCGAAGAGAGUUGUCUUUCAACGAUGCUCUUUCAAUGUGGGAGAUGAUGUGGGCAGCUGAUUUUGAUGAAUCCUUGGCUUAUGACUUAGAAGAGAAUUGCCUGGAAGCAUUGGAAUUACAUCUUCCUGGACACUCGAGCAAUGAUCUGAGAGAAGUAAUUGCAGACAGUGGUGAUGCUAGUGUGAAGGGUGGUAGGUCACAAUCAAAUCAUAAUGAAAAUGACAACACAAAAGCUAUCCCACAUUCAAGUCAUGAAAGAACUUGUACCUCUGGAUACAGCAUCAAAUUGAAGUCGUUCUCAUCCCAUUCCUUUUGUGGAUUGGCAAGGAAUAUCUGGCAAAAAAAUGGUCGAGCUCAAAUGAACAGUAUUUCCUCUUCAAUGAAAGAAAAUAAUGAAUUGGCCAUAUUCUGCGUUGCAGCAAUUCUGGUUUUAAACCGUCAGAAGAUCCUUCGAGAAACUCACUCCUUUGAUGAUAUAAUAAAGAUCUUCAAUGACAAGAUGUUAAAGAUCAAUGUGAAAAGAUGCAUAACAACUGCAAUCAAACUCCAAAAGAAAUAUUUUAACAAGGUAAUCAAGAAAAUGAAUUAUGGUGAAGAGAAAGUGGACUAAGGUAAUGUCGCCAGUAUACUUGGGACAGAAGCUCUGAAUGAAAAAAACUAUCUCACGUAUAUGGCACUGCGUUUCCAAAUGGGAGUAUGGUUGUAAAACUUUAGUCAUUACUUAUCCACUUUGGAUGGAAGACUUUGCAGCUUGAAGUGGUUUUGCUUCUGGAGGUUCAUUCGAUUGUCUUCAUUACACUCUUUAAUGAGCCACUGGAAAGAGCGAAAGGGAACUUUUCAUCACUCUGGUUGCUCCCAGGUUAAUCAAUUUAUAUCGUGGAUAAGUGCACAGGUUAUGCAGACAAUUUAUUUCUUUGAAUUUUUGGUUCGACUCAUUUCUGGAGAAAAUUGUGCAGAAGUUUUUUUACUACCCAGAGAAUUUGGAAUACGGAAAAAGCACACGCAUACUAGUAGAAAUAGAGGGUGGAUGUCAUAGGAAGGAUUGCUGUAAGAUAUGGGAACAUGUAGUCAAUUUUUGUGGUGGUUUCAUUUAACAGAAAGGAUUUGUUUUAUGACGCUGGACCAAGAAGAGUG